AUGUGGUCGUGUUCAGUCGCAAAGCGCGGGCAAGGACAGCGUGUCUCGGAGAACGAGCAGGGUCGCAGAGGGUGGUGCCAUGGCGACGCGCAGAUUCAUCAAGGACACCACCCUCAGAAGGCAGCGCACGCAGGCAUCUUGUCGAGCGUUCGCGGGAGUGUUGAGUCUGGGUUCGUGAUCUGGGGCCGAGCGGAGACGGAAGGCAGCAGGCAGGCAAGCAAGCGCAGCGGGAGACGUGGCCGUGAGGAGAACGAGGAGGGUGGUCGUGUGAUGCCGCGUGCGCAAGUGAGGGGGAAGGACGCAGGGUCGGGGUGUUGUUCCAUUCCAUCCGGCAAGGAACCCGGGGAAGGCGAUCACCAAUCGCCCCCAACGGGCAGCCACCGCCCAGCCCAGUCAGUGCAGUGGAGCGCCCGUUGCGUGCCGUGCGUCGCCCAACCGCCAAUGGGGCGGGGCCCUCGCGCAGAGCCUGGAGCCUGA